GUCAUCAGCGGUCCGAGUGGGGCGGGGCUCGUUAACGGAGAAUUCGAAAUAAAGGAUCCUGCAGAAAUCUCACCUGAAGCUAUUUCACUUGUCAGCAGCGCAGUGAAAGAAUAAUCGUCUGUGAUGCCGAUUCGCCGAGCAGCCGCAACUCCAACCCAGGAGAAGGCUCCCUCUGCGGCUGCAGAGAAAGAACAAGAGGCGUCAUCUGGAGAGUCGCCCCCUGCUGAUAAAGAGCAGGCUGCAUCUUCAGCUGCCCCAGCAGAGGGGGAGGCAUCGGGCGAUGGAGAAACCGAGGAGAAGGCAGAAGACGGACCCCUGGAGACAAAGGAGGAACCUGGAGACGGGAAAGAACAUAAUGUGAAAUGCCAGGACUGCGCGGCUGGACAGUGCUCAACACACUGCUAUGUUCUCCUUCUAAGGAUGAAAGAUGGCAUCAAGCAUAAGAAAUCCAAAUCCAAGAAGGUGAAACGGACAAUUCCUGCAUGGGCUAGCGUCACCACACACAAAAAAAUCCCCGUGUCCAACUUUGCAGGCACGCAGAACAAAGUGGAAAACGUCCUUGUCGAAGCAAUAGGGUCCUCCAAUGAGAGGUCUGGGAUGUCCUUCCAGUCCGUCAUGAAAUAUAUGUUGAAAAAAUACCCAGGGAUGGAGUUUCACAAGAAGAAGACUCUAAUCAAGAAAUCAAUGAAGAAACACUUGGAAAAGGGCACCAUCAAACAGCUGAAGGGUAAAGGCCUUUCAGGAACCUUCGCCAUUGGAAAAGCACUUCCCCAAUCUAAGAAAGGCGUUCCGAAGCAGGAGCCUCUGGGAGACGCCCUUCCUCUCAUCAUCACUCGGCUCUGUGAGCCCAAAGAGGCCUCUUACAAUCUGAUCAAGAAGUAUCUGGAGCAGCACUUCCCCAGCCUCAACAUUGAAAACAGGCCUGAUCUACUGAAGACAGCCCUGGUAAGGGCGGUAGAGAAAGGACACCUGGAGCAAAUCACAGGGACAGGAGCGAGAGGAACCUUCCAGCUGAAGCGAGCUGCCAAAGAGUCUCAGCUGAAAGGCAGCACGUUGGAAGAUGCUAUCACGGUUGCGAUCACAGCUAUGAAUGAGCCCAAAACCUGCAGCACUACAUCCCUGCGCAAAUAUCUCGUAGACUCCAACAAGGAUGUUAAGGAGAACUUGUUGGUGGCCAAUUUGAGGAGGACUCUGACCAAGUGUAAAGUUCUGGGCUGGAUGGAGCAGAUAACUGGUCACGGUUUCACAGGGACUUAUCAGCUCUCCUUUCCGUUUUAUCCAAGCCCUACAACCCUGUAUCCAGACAAGUUUAAAGAUGUUCCAACAAAAACAGUCAAGCGGAAGCGGUUUACAGAUUCUUCAGACGAAGAAGAUGAGGAGGAGGAAGAGGAAUCUGAGGAAGAAGAGUCAGAAGAUGAGGCUCCAGUUCGUAAGAGGAAACCUAACAAGAGGCCUCCACCUAAGGCUCGGCGCCCUCCGCCAGCCAAGAAACCCCGCAGCGUCAGUAAGUCGAAGGCUGGAGGUAAAGGUCGAGCACUUGCAAAGAAGUCGCCUGUCAAGAAAACUGUGAGAUCGGGAAGGAACCCACCGAAAAAGGAAACUGUAUCAACACCUAAAGCAACACCUGUGAAGAAAGGGGCUCCUUCAAGAAAGUCUAAAACACCAGCUGUUAAAAAGCUAAGCAAAAAAGGCUCCAGGAAACCCCCAUCCAGAGAGUCGUCCCCGGACGAGCCCAAAGUUGAAAAGGCGACGACAAAAAGUGGUUCCAGGCGGAUAAAAACCGAGGAGUCCUUCCCUGAGGAGCCGAAAGUUCUAAAGGAGACAACGAAAAGCGGAUCAAAGCGACCCAAAGUUCAAGAGUCGUCCCCCCCCACGCCCAAGGAGCCCACGCCCAAAAAGCAGGCAGCCAGAGGUGGGCCCAAAAAAAAGGCACAACCUCCGCCUCCCAAGAAAGCGGACCUCCAAAAAAACCCGAAAAGCAGCAAACAGUCAGCUCGAAAGUCCAAGAGAGGAAGAUACUGAACCCAUGAGCGCCUUCCAGAAACUGGGCUGUGUUGAACAGUCUGCAGCUUUGUUUCAAUGCUCUCUCUAUUUUUACCAUUGUUUUCUCUGUUUUAGAGGGCUGUAGUUUUAACGUUCAUUUUGUUUUGUUUUUUACUGUAGAGUAAGAACAUUAUCUUAACAGUUGCGUUAGCCGUGCAUUGAGGGUGUGUUGAAGUACUUUUUUCAUGAUGUGUAGAACAGCUUGGUUAGUCUUGCCGUUAAAGCUGCCAGUUUGGGAAAGCAUAGCAAAAUUCACCAUACUGUAACUAGUACCAUGUCUUGACUUCUGUUUGUAUGUGUUCAUCCACUCAGUGCUGGUGGCUCACAUUCCUAAUCCCAACAAAAGAGAGUUCAGUGUUCUUUCUAAGGCGGAAGUGUCAGAUUUAUUUUUAUUGUUAUUAAGAGGUUAAAGACCUUAGACUGUCAGUGUUGCUGCUCUAUAAAAGAGAGAAAUUUAGACUGUUGUCCAGUGUCUUAAAACUCCAAUCCUGUACAGUGUGGCCAGUACAGGAUUGGAGUCUGAAAUCUUAUCCAUAUUCGUAAUCUUUAUACUUUUGGGAACGUUUCAUGUUCAACCAGCUGCCCUGUUGAUUUUAAAUGAGGGGAAAAAACACUUAAUAUUGAAAUCACAAAUAAAAUAACAUGUCUGUAUGUAAUCAAGCAUAUACAUUGGUUUUAAUAGCUUCACAGCUGUUAUUUAGUUCCAAAUUAUAAUACAUUUGCAUUGUAAGAAAUGGAGGAUACCAGCUCACACAUACCCUGCAUGCAUGUAUUCCCUGUGUUAUGCUUUUUUUCCAAGUCAUUAAUAAAAUGGCUAUAUUUGUAA